AGGGUCUGUAGAGCAGAAGCGGGGCCUCUCCUCAGCCUUUGUGGCCCCGAAGUGUUUGCGACGGCCUGAGCAUUGGUUGCGCCUCUAGCAGUCCAGGCAGCACCUUGGGACACGAUUCAAGAGAAGCUCCGCAACCACUAUGCCCCAAAGCCGUCCAAGAUUGCUGCCCGCCAUGCGUUCUACCACCGGAACCAGGCAGAGGGAGUCAAUCAACAACUACACCACCGCCCUCCGACAGGCUGCAAUGCACUGCGAGUUCCGAGACUUAGACGAUGCCCUGAUGGAUUGAAUCGUCUGCGGGGUCCGGGACAUCCGUCUGCAACGGCAUCUCCUCGCCAAGCCAGACCUCACGCUGCAGAAAGCCACUGAGGAGGCCGUGGCCUCAGAAGCUGUUCAACUCUCCGCCCAGUAAAUCCACAAGGCCAGUAGACCGUAUUUAAAGGACUAUGUAGUUGGACAUGAAACACUGUUGGUCUAAUGGAAGUAUGUGAAAUGUAACCGAUAUGCUUUGUGCCUAAUUGAACACUUCCCACCCACCCCUCUCGUAUUCCAAGACGCUCUCAAUAAGCACGAGGAAGAAUGUCAUCAGAUUACAAGAAACGAGUUUCAACCGUUCUUGCAGCGCGGAAAAGAAGAGAGACGCGGCGCUCGCGCGCAAACAGGAAAAGCCCCAAACUCCACCCCCGGCGCCUCAUAGGGGAGCGCGCUCGUUACGCCUGCGCCCUCGCGGGCUGGGCGGGGGAGGGGGCUUAUUAGCUCCCGUCCCGGCUUCUGGUUUUUUUCCUUUUUUCUUUCCCCCUUCCCGCUUAUGCUUUUGGCGCCUCGGAGAUGGCGGCGAGGAGGCAGGAGAAGAAGGAAGAGGCGGCUGAAGUGACUCUGGAAGAGCUGAUGGAGAGGAGUUUCUUCGAGGACCCGCCUCCGCCGCCGAGGUGCUUCUUGGCGGGGACUGAGCUGCAAAAGCGCGCGCCUUUCGAAGCGCCGGCGGGACGCUUCUCCCCAAGGAUCCCGCUCUCUCCUGGUUGUGGGUCCUCCUCCCCACUUCUCCUGCCCUUUAGGCGUCUGGAGGUUGGGUGGCCUUUCUUUUCAGGAUGUGGCGAUUGGGGAGCCUGUGAUUAGAGUCCCACGCGUGGCUCAACUCGGAUCCGUCCCAGCUAGCGUGGUCGAUGGUCAGAAAUGAUGCGGGUUGUAAUCCAGUGAUCAUGGUGUGGCAAUUAUGCAACAAUAGCUUUUGAGGAAAAAGAGAGAGAGAGAGUGUAUACAUAUGCACACACACACGCACAUAUGUGUGUACUGUAUAUAUAUGUGUGUGUACAGUAUAUAAUCUCUAAUAACAGUGGGUGAUUAAGCCAUCCGUUGUCGGCCCAUUUUGCAAAGGAUCCUCUGAGGUUUUUUUCCUCCCAUCCUGGUAUAUUUUCAUUUUCAGGACCUAGUGAAAAAGCAGCUGGAGGAGGGAUCCUUACAGAGGAAAAACUGGAGUUAGGGGUUAAGGGUCCCCUCUUAGCCCCCAGUUCUCUCCUGCAAGUGCCCUCUCUUCCCUCUGUGUGUACAGAGGCAAACAUGGGUUUGGAAUGGUUUCCCCUCUUUAUGUUCCGUUGUCUUAUUUGGCCAAAUUACUUUUGAAAGCAAUUUGUCCAAAUAAUAGAAAUAUUAGAUGGCUAAGUACUUGGAGAACAAUUGUCUCUUGUCUAGAAGUGGACAAAGGUCGUGCUGCUGUUUCUUUCUGCUUGGCGUUUCCGCUUCCAUGUCUUAAAUGAGAUUCACAGAUCUUAGCCCGCAGUGGUAUCUAAGCCAAUCUGUUAUUAGAGUGUGUGCCUGACUACUGCCUUGUACCUGUAUGUAUUAUCAUGCAACUGUAAUUUUAGAUUCCCAAAGAAAAUUGUUGGCUUCUCGGAUACAGUACUCAGCAAGGGCCUGAACAACAGAUACUGCGUGUUACAUGUCCAGGAAAAUGGUGCUCUGGAGAAACACCUGACAAUUACAGCUUCUUCUCAGCUUGAUGAUUUGGAUACAGAGCUGUGCAUCCUAAGACAUGACUGGUAACUGCUGUGUAACUGUUGAUACUGGAUAAUGGGCAAAAUGUUCUUUAUGCUUGUUAUUGUACAGUUUCUAAUUGUGGUUAAAAAGUUGAAAAAUUAGUUCUAUGGAACAAGGGAUCAAAAUAUUUCUAAUUCUUAGUUUCUCUUAUUAAUGUCAGUAAAGGGAAGGAAGCCUUUGACUGUCCCCCUCCCCGCUUUUUUAGUACAUUAAGCCUUAAGGUGUCAACAUUUUUUGAUAGUAGUGGGGGACCUCCAGUCCAGUUUCCUGCAAGUUCCACACUAACUUGGAGCAGGACUUUGUGUGGCUUCUCCUGUUCUGUGGAAUACCAUUCCUAUUGACGUACAACAGGGUCCCACUAUCUUCACUUUCGGGAAACAAUUGAAGACAUUUUUGUUCUUUCAGGCUUUCCCAGCUAGAUAAGUUGUACACACACAGCAUCCUACACCCUCAUUCCCUUGACAUGCCCCUUCCCUUAAGGGUAAAUAGCUCCCUCCUGUUGGAGUGAAUAGGAGAGACAUUUUAAAAUGAAGUACCAAAGGGAAAAAAUAGACAAAAAGCCACCAGAGCUGGUUGCUUCAGCUCGUGUGACUGGCUAACUAGCAAUGCUUCCAUCAUGGUGGUUGCUUCCCUAUGGAAUUUCCUUCCCCAACUCCAAUCACCAUAGAAUUGAUCCCUAAAAGGACCACUACUGAAUUGUUCAGAGAUUAUCUUCUCUGCUUCUCUACCUGUCUGCCCAUUUUCACUGUCUUUCUGUAGAAGGCCUUUGUAAUUGCGAGAGUGUGGGUUGCAAUAAGUCCCUGAAAAAUUGUUAUAGUUUUUAUUGAAUACAUGAUCACGUUCCUUUCCUUGGUCUAUAGGUCAGUACAAAAAUCACAGAUAAUUUAAAAAUGUGUGCGUAUCAACAUUGUAAUCUGGCACAUAUUUUUCAGGAUUUCUGUUCCAGUGCAGCCUGGAGAUAUCAUUCAUCUAGAAGGAGAGUGCAACGCGGGUGUUUGGAUAAUAGAUGCAGAUGGAGGAUAUUUGAUUCUGUAUCCAGAUAUAUUAGUCUCUGGCACUACUGUAUCAAAUAGCAUUCGGUGUAUGAGGAAAGCUAUACUGAGUGAAAAGUUCAAAGUAAGUUGGGAAAAACAUUGUAUAUUAAAAUGGUUUGUUUCAUGGGCAUUGAUAACAUCUGUAUUAAGGGCAUUGUCAACUGUUGUUUUAAAUAAAGCACCUAGUAUUAUAAGUACUUAAUACAUAAGAAGUUAUAAAUAAAAUUAUACCAGUAAAGAGUUUCAGAAUGCUCUGGUUCACUAUACUAUGUUCCCUAUUUACUAUAGUGAUCAUCCAGUAGUCUCCAGAGUGCCUUUGGGGUAAUUGAUGAAGACAAAAAUAGCAAAUAGGUGAACAGUCAGCAUUUUCUGGAGUUGGGAAAGACAAUAAUUUUAAUGUGGAUUUGUCUAGUGAUGAACAUAUGGUUAUAUAUGUGUUAAAAUGCAUGUUUUUAUAUGGUAAACUUUGCAUAUCAUCCCAAACUUAAGUGAUUGGGUGGAAAACAAACCUCAAAUUCCCAGAGUACGAUCUGAAGACACAUAAGGUCGCCACCUUGUUGAAGCUAAACAGGUCUGGCUCUGCUCAGUGUUUGGCUGAGUGACUGUGUGGGAACUACAUAUUGGUGCUAUGAUGGAAUAAAAGUGGGCCUUUAUUUUCAUGACGCGAGAAAGGUGGGGUAUAAAUGUAAUAAAAGAAAAAUAAAGUAAAUAAUGAUUGGUGGACUUACAUUGAUAGCUUAUAUUCAAGUAGGAAACAUGGCUCUUUAUUAACCUCCUAACUUGAUAGUUAGUUUAAUAAUGAAAUUGUCCUGUUGGUCCUUUCUUCUUUCUUUGAUAUUGGUUUUUUAAACUUAAAAUACCUUGCUUACAGUGUUUACUCAAAAAGUAUUUAAUGGGACUUAAGGUAUAGUAAGUGUGCAGGGGAUUUCGCCCUUAAAUGCCACUAAAAAUGCAGUAUUGUACAGAUUAAUUAAUGUGUAGUGCACAUACAUCUCUGCUAAUAUUUUGGGGUGGUUUCGUUUUCCCCCCAGGGAUGUGAGCCUGGUUUGCGUCCAAUGCUAAUUGGUACAAUCCUUCAUGAAAUUUUCCAGAAAGCAGGAACAAAUUUUACACAAGAGAAAUUGCAAGAAAUUGCCUUCUCAGUAAUUCAUGGACCAAAGUAUCUAAAAGAGCUGUAAGUAUUAGCUGUAAGAGAUGAAGCGAGUGGUAUACCUUUCUCUUAAGAACUUGUUCUUUUUCUUAGCUUUAAUGCUUAACAAAGGUCAGUUUGCACAGGGAUAGUGGGAAUUGCUGAUAUUGUUACCUUUUUGUCCAUGUGAUUGCUUGUGUGGACAAAAAUGCACUGCCAUAAUUGUUUCAGAGCAUGCAAAUAGAGUAACCUUUUUGAAGCAAAACAAUUCACUUGUCAUUUUUAUAGUUGUAUGUGCUACAUUUUGGAAAAAUAGUUCCCUGUAGUUACAUUGAUAAAACUUGGGAACGUUACAAAUGCCUAAACAUGUCGAUAUUUUUCUCUGAGGGACCACAAAGAAAAAAUAGAUAUCUGUAAUGUAGAGAUCUUUUCCGUUUCCUCCCUUUUUCUCUUCUGCUAUCUGCCAUGCAGCUUUUAAUAUGCUUUCCUCCUUUCUCUUCCGCAGGUACCAGUUAAAUCUGAAAGAGAAUGAUAUAAUGCAAGAGAUAGAAGAGUACUUUCACUCUUUCAUUAAAUGGGCAGAAGAGUUCAUAUACAAAGAAAACCAUGUUUGCCAGCAUAACAUGCAGAUAAAAUGGUAAGGAACUAUUCACACUAACACACUGUGGUAAAGUUGUUCUGCCAGUGCUGUAGGUGAAGUUCGUUAGCUGUGUAAGAACUGCAGAAUCUUUGGACUGCAAAGGACCAGAAAUAAAUAAAAAAAUAAUGUUGUACAACUUCUUUAACAAUUGAGUUGGGCUGUUAACCUCCUUUCCUGGCACAGAUUCUAGGGCACUUAUAAACAACAUGUUGGGGGGGGGAUUUCUGGGUUAGAUCCAUACUUCAUGGGAUAUUUCCAGUGGAGACCCCCACCAGCAGAAGAUGGAGAGAUUUUUGAUAAUUUCUCCCCUCUGAGUCCCGCCCAGGGGCACUGCUUAGGAAAAAAAGGGGGGCUGAAGUGUAAUGUGGUAACGUGCACUGUGGUAAUGCUGUUUUGGCUUCUGUUGGUUAAAGUGUAAUUAAAAACACAAACUUUCUUACGGCUAUGUUUAGUAUUUCAAGUUUCUCUCCUUGGGCUUGUUUGCUAUAGCUAUUGCAAAGUAGCUGUCAACCAGGUUAGAGCAUUUGAAUGCACCAAUUUCUCUCUUUCAUACAAGCCAUGGCUAGCUACUAUUGCAUUUCAACUCAAAUUCACCAGACUUUGUAUUUUCAAGGCUUCGUUAUUCAUAUCUUUUGCUGCACAUUCUGUGGUUGCUUGAAUCCCUUGUUUGUUGACAGCUCAGAUCCUGCUAGGCAUUUCAGCCCACUUGUUCUGUUACUUGAGAAUGAAAUCAUUUUUCUCAUCUGUAAGAACAAAAUAAUAGUAAGAGGAAGCGCUGCCUUUUGAUCUGUUUGGAAGCAGUUGCUUAAGAAUGUGAUAUGUUCUAACCUGUUAAAGGAAUAUGGAUUUUGUCCCUUCAAGUACGUAUUUAAGGAAAGCUAUCUCUUCGUUUUCGAAAGUAAACCUUUCCGGUUAAUACACUUAAUGUUUUUUUCUGAUAGGCCAGGGGAUGAAAAAGAUGACUCCUGGUGCACUGUCAAAGUUACAGAAAUCCUGGAUGUUGAGGAGAACAUUUGGUGCCCCAGGUUUGGCUUAAAGGGUAAAAUUGAUGUUACAGCUGGCGUAACAAUUCACCGCAGAUCUACAACUCAGUCCAAGAUAAUGCCUCUGGAGCUUAAAAGUGGCAAGGAAUCUAACUCUAUAGAACACAGAAGUCAGGUACAAAUAGGAAUUAUAGUAAUUAAUUUUAAAGGGUACAUGAAAGGCGCUGACUAAAUAUUAAGUUUUAAAAAUGUUUUAAUAUGUUCUUAAUUGUUUUUAAGCAUCAUUUGUGGUGGGUUCAGAAGGUUCCAGAAGCUGAUGCUGUGAGGCAGUUGCUCCUUCCUAUAGGAUUUGCUCUGCAGGGUCCAUUCGAGUUCAGUUGGGUCUCCCAUGAUCCUUAACAUCAACAUGAAACCUUUGGCUGAAGUUGUCACCCAUGUGCUGAUGAUACUGAACUCUUUUUUUAUCAUCAGAUCCAGGUGCUCUGGUGCCGAUUUCCCUCAGUUAGUGUCUGAAGUGGACUGAAUGAUUGUGAAUAAACUUAAGCCCAGUAUAAAUAGUACAGAGUUGAUGCUAGUAGGAGCUCAGUAGACUGACUAAAAUUGUACGUUAAGGGGAAAUUAUGUAGCUGGAGGAAGGUGGUACUUGGAUUCCUAGACAGGGUCUGUGCCCUAGGUGGUUUAUCAGAUUUUUUUUUGUUUGGUUUCCUGUGCCCACUGAUGAAAAAGGAAAUGAAACUGCUGUCAUUCAUGUCUUUGACAAUCCAGAUUGGGAGAUUGGGUUACUGUAGUGUAUUGUAUGUGGGGCUGCUGUUGAAGAUACUGAAAGGCAGAAACAAACUAUUUAUUUUGAAGCAUCUGCAUUUGUUUCUGGGUCCAUUUCAAGGUUCUGGUUUUGUCUUUCAAAGUUUGUGUUUUGGUUAGUAGCACCUACUUCCUUAAGUUCAGUCGAUGAGGUCUUCUAGAGGCUCUAUCCUUCUUGGAUGCAGGGAUUUAUUUAUUUAUUUGGUGGUGUCCAAAGAUAAGCAUUUCUUUCUGUCGCUAAAAGUAGAAAACGAGAAGCCAGCAGAGUAGGAAAAAUAGCAAAAUCGUAAGUCUGGUUGAUAGUCUGGCUCUAGGCCUGGCUGUUGUGUUGCACUAAAUAAUUAGGGCGGCUUCUGUGAAUGUAUUCAUUGCGAUAACUGGCUUGACUGGUUAAGUCCCUCGCAGGAUGCAGUAUGCCAUCCCCAGGAAUUGUUAAUGGGACUAUAGUUUCCUCAGCUCUGACGCCCAUAUUACUGGUCUUGAUGCAGCCCUUGCGUGCUCAUUUGCUAGUGAUACAUAAUUUGUAUGCUCACUGGUGGGGGACAUAUUGUGUGUGAUUACUGCAGCAAGAAACUGCAAAGUGGUGCAACUUGGUUGAUACCUACGUUUAACAUUCCAUUUUAAUAGUUUUGGAUUCUCCCCCCAGGUGGUUUUGUACUCCCUGUUGUGCCAAGGAAGACGAGCUGAUCCUGAAGCUGGAUUCCUCCUUUACCUUAAAACUGGGAAUAUGUUUCCUGUACCUGGAAAUCGUAUGGAUAGGAGAGGUAAUUUUCUGCUUGGAAAAAUCCUUGGACUGUGUUGUGUUUACAAUAUUUCCAUCUCAUUUUUUCAACAAUGCAGUCUUCAAGGGGGCUGGAAUUUUUUUUAAUUAAAAAAAAUGCAAUUUAAUCAUGAAAAUCAGAUAAAGCAGAAUUAAAUAGUUUAAGAGCUCCCACCCCCACAUUUGCUGUCUCUUACAAAAAGCUUAUGUAAAAAACUGAUUUAACUUGGCACAGAAAAAGAGCACAUGCCAGAUGAAUUUUUCUGGGGAGGUCAUUCCAGAGUGUGGGCCCUGCUACCGAAAAAGCUUUGCCUGUGGUUGGCAAGGGGACUCAGAGCAGAGCAUCCAGUGACAACAUCAGCAAAUAGAAAGUUUUUAUGGGAGAAGGAAAGCCUUCAGCUGCCAUGGUUCUAGCUCAUCUAGGACUUAGUCAAUUUCAGCACUUUGAUUUGUGCUUGGAAACAAACUGGUAGCCAGUGAAGAUCUUGUAAGAGCUGAAGUAUUUGUUCAGUAUGGGAAGGUCCCAUUAUCAACCUAGUGAGGCUUUAUAUUCUUAACCAGCUGAAGUUUCCAAAACCUUUUCAACAGGGAGUCCAUGUAGAGCCCAUUUCAGCAGUUCAAGCUGGGGAUUACAUGGGCAUGGAAAACUGUGUCAAGUUCGUCUCUUCCCAAGGAAAGACAAAACUGGUGCACCAGUUAAGUAAAGGCCUCAAAUUUCAGCAAAUGCUCAAGACAGCCUCUGGGUAGCAUGGGCUCCUUUGGAAGGAAGUGUGGGAUAUAAAUACAAAAAACAAAGAAAUUAAAUAAUGAGUUCUAAGCUUUCUCCUAGUCUUGGAACUGCUGUGGAUGGGAAUGAUCCCUACUCACCCCCAGCCCCAAAGUUGAGAGGAAACUUAGGAUUUGUGCAAAGCAAGCCUCUGUCGCAUCACUAGCACCAUGCCAUCCAGCUUCAGAUUGGAGGGAGAGGCAGAGAUGUGUCAUCUUGUCUCUGUGUUUCCUGGGCACUCUGAGUGGCCAGUGAGCGCAGAGCCAAAGUAGUUUUCCUUGUGCCUUUUUCCUAAAUAUUUGAAGCUUUGGGGGGGACGGACCUGGACAUCAUUUUUGUUUCUCCCUCUGCAGAACUGAUCAAACUAAGAAAUGAGUUGGCCUUCUAUUUGCUUCACACCGUAUGCAAAUCUGACACUGGGAAGGAGCGGACACAGCUUGCAUCCUUGCCUCCUCUGAUUAAUGACAGUAAGGCGUGCAGCUAUUGCUCUCAGAAGCAGAACUGUGCACUUUAUAGCAGGUAAAUUCCUUUUUUAAAGCCUGCAAGCUCUUUGCAAGCUGAUCUCUGUUUAAAAUGGCUGAUGCUGUGGUUUCAUUAAGGCUCUACAUCACAGUUUUGGACAAGGCUACAUUAGAUCCAGGUGUGAAAUAAUUGGUUCUUUUCUGUGUUCGAGAUUCUGUGUAAUGUCAAAUGUAUUAUUUUGGACCACGCCAUGUUGCGUUUGAUUUAGUUUUCCAGCUGUGAACUAUACCAAGCAGAAAUGUAGGCAUGACCCUAAAUAUGAUAAUAGUUCUACUACGAUAGUGCAUGCUGAAAUGGUAGCUACCCUAAAAGCAGAGAGAAACUAUUGAUAAAAUCCAGGGAAAGCAAUAGAAGUAGGUUUUCAGGGGGUAGAAGGAUGCAGGCACACUAGUGUACGUCUGCCUAAGAAUUUAUAUGAAGAUAGCACAGACUUAAUUCAAAUUGUUGCCAUCUAUGAAGUUUCUUAGCAGAAUUAUCACAGGCCGUCAUUAUUGAAAUUAUAGGAGGACUCAUGUUGUGUUCUGUUUUAGGGCUGUGGAACAGCAGCAAAAUCGCUUUCUUUCUCCGGAGGUGCUUGCUGCUGUUGAAAAUGAGACCCAGCAUCUGAAGCCCUCGCACUUGGAGUAUUUCCAUCUCUGGUAUCUGAUGCUAACCUUGGAGUCACAAUAUAAAGAUGGAAAGAAGGGCUGCAGAAACAUAUGGAUGAUACCUGCUGCAGAAAGGUAUUGGUGAUUUUGUAGGGUCACUUUCAAACUUCGCUUUAGCUACCAAAACUGUUGACAUCGAGUUUUUCAGAGUAGCGACAGCUAAAAAUGUAGAUGACGCUUCUUUCAGUUUCCUUAAAGCAAAGAGUUGCAUGGGCUAGCAACUGUGUACCGUGAGCUUUCCCAAACUUCAUUUGUUUUUAAUUUUUGUAGGGAGAAACACGGAGACUGCAUUGGAAACAUGAUCAGGGUGGAGUGCGUGCAGAAGGUGUCCGAUGGACUGUAUUUACACUGUUUCCAGCGUAAAAAGGGUUCUGCACCUGCAACAAUUCUGAUGAUAGGAGACAGGAUUGUUGUGAGUGGUGAAGCGGACAGCACUUUGCUUGGCUUGGCGAUUGGUUAUGUGCAACAGAUCAACGGCUCCAAAAUCUCUUGCUUAUUGGAUAGGUAACAUAGUGCUUUACUUGUCAGGAGAGUUCAUGUACUAACAUGUAAUAACAUGUUGUUCUUGUGUCAAACAUGUAUUAUACAAAUGCAUGCAGUUAGAGUGGCCUUUGUCUCCCUGCUGCAGGUAGUUGCAACUGGGAAAUGACCAUUGCCUCCCUAUCCAACCUGGUACCCUCAGUGUGUUUUGAAUUACAGCUGUCAUUAGCUCUAGACAGCAUGGUCAGGGGUGAUGGGAGGGCACCAGUUUGGGAAACAUCUGGCGGGCACCAGUUUGGGAAAGACUUCUCAGUAUAAUUCCUAAUACUCAGGGUCUUAGAAUCUGAGUGAUACCUUUUUUUCUGCCUUCCAGGAACUUGUCACGUAUCCCAAAAGACACUAUAUUUAGGUUAGACCAUGAAGAAGGAGCUUUUGGCACAGAUGCUCCAUUGGGAAACCUUUCUAAAUUGAUGGGAAAUUCUCCUGCAAGGUCUGUUCAAAUUUAUCUUUCUUCCAUGCCUAACAUUUCUAGAAAUGUGUUUUCAUUUUUUGUUUAUUCCUUUCCCUCUCAAUCCUUCUUUUCAGUGAAAGGCUUCGUAAUUUAAUAAUAGACUUUCAGAAACCACAGUUCAUCCAACAUUUGAGCUCUGUCCUUCCUCCAGAAGCAAAGGAAACUGUUGCGAACAUUCUAAAAGGUACAGUAGAUGCAUUUUUUUAUUUUAAAAAACCCUAUUAAGGUCUGGUUAUAUUAGAAAAUUGGAUUUCCUGCCUAGAGAUUCAGUGGAAAACCUUGUGACUGAAAAUUUAAGGCACUGGAUGCCAUGCAUUUUCAAUGAAUCAGCUCAUUGAAAGAUAAAAUAAUGCUCAUUUGCUGAAGCUCUAUAAAUACUUACUUUGCUGGAGUAAGAAUGAAAUACUGUUCCUGCAGUCUUGUAGCCUGGCAAAUCCCAAAGCCUGGGCAUGUAAAAACAGGUGACGACUCUCAAUAAGAUUGGUACUUUUAUCUGUAUAAUUCAUAUCCCUCCCUUUUGUCCCAGGGUCCCAGGGCUAAUUAUAUUUAAAAUACGUAAACCAAUCAAAAGUUAAAAACUCUUUACACAAUUCAUUAAAAACGCUCUGUCUGUUAUUUAGAGAGUCUGUGGCUGAGCUGGAAUAUGAACCCAAACCCAAGCUUGGUUCUCCUCUCAGUGAAUGUCAUGCAGGUGUGUGUGAUUUCUCUUCCUAAAGAGUACUGUAUGUCAGGGAAGGCAGGUUCCUAUGUGGUUAGAGGAGGAUUGUUGAAUUCAUUGAGAGACUGAAGCUUUCUAAGCUGAAGAAGCAUUCUGAAUUUUGCCUGAAAGCAAACAAACAGCCAAUGCAUGCUUAACAGCUCUUUGUAUUGGCAUGCCUUAUCCCAAACUUAAUGGAAGUUGUCUGUUGACUUUUCAAGAUGUGCUCUGCUGCGGUAAUGUUCACGUUCAAAACUUUGCCAGCUAGUCAACAAAAGAUAAUCUUUGCGGUUGAGACUUUUUGCUAGUCAUUUGUGGCAUAUAGAUUGCCUUAAAGAAGAAAUGAAGUUAUUUUGUUUCCAUAAGUUUCCCUGCCUGGUUGCCUGCAGGCAAUUUUUAGCCGAAACUGAGUUGCUGCUUAGAAGCCCAGGUUUAAAAUAUAUGCUCAAUGAAUUUUGAAGCCAAUACCAAAUUUGUAGCAGGCUUGUUCUCCAGAGUAUUAAUUGAUGUAGCAGGAAGUUAUGGGACUUCCAAGCAAAGCAUGAAUGAGAUGACCUACCUUACACUUCUUAAUCAGGUUGUAAUCCUCUGCGCAUUUACCUGGAGCAACCCUUACUGAACUUAGUGGAACUAGCUGGGUAAAGGUGCAUAGGACUGAACUGUGUAUUCUGCCCCCGUACAUGCAAAUAUAGCUAAUGUUUUGAUAUUGUAAAAUAGGUACCUCAAUAGUCCUCCAGGUCCAGGUAAUUAUGUUUAAAAUGAAGGCAGAGAACUUAUUGUAUUCACUUAUUUUCCCCCAUAAAUCAAAGGCCUUAAUAAACCCCAGAAACAAGCAAUGAAACAAGUGCUGCUUUCAAAGGAUUACACACUCAUUGUCGGGAUGCCUGGGACAGGAAAGACCACCACAAUAUGUGCUCUGGUAAGAUUCCAGAAAGAGGGAACAUUUGAAAAAAUGAUGUUAAUGAAUUUUGUGCAUGCAGACCGUAGGACUUUAAUGACUGAAACACCCAAAAUGUGAAGUGUAAGAAGUUUCAUUAAAAAACAAACUCUGCUCAAGCAGUUAUAUACUUAAUGUAGAUAUUCUAUGUGGCAUGUUAGGAAAAUGUGCUGUCUGAAGAGCGAAUGUUUCAAAACCACAAAUCUGCACUCAGGAUUUCCACUGGUGUAAAUAAAGUACUUACGGUAACUACCGGCUUAUUAGUAUGACACCCCCCAUGAGUCUAAGAAGUGUGGCAGGGCAGUUAGAUGGGCUGUGGUGUACCCAGCACUUGUAUAUACCCCUCGCCAGCUGUGUUUGGCAUGCAUAGGAAGGGGCUUUGUGCAUGUUUACUUUUGGACAUAGAGCUUCACCACACAGUAUUGGAGAAAUCCUGAUUGGGCCAGGAUCCCCCUUCAUACAGAACAUCCCUGCACAAACAUUGAUACACGUAAAUCCCCUUCCUAUGAGUGUUGAAUGCAUGGGCAGUAGUGAUUGUGCCCCCCCCACACUUUGAUCAAUGCCCAUAGUCUCAAGACCAGUGGCCAUCGCCCCACAGCUUCCCUAAUGCCUUUCUUAAAUGUAGGUGGUGGUGAUGAUCUGAAAAACACACACAUGCCCCAUACAUGGAAUUUCCUCCUACAUUGACAGCUGGGUUUUAGAAUUUGAGGGGGCGGUGUGUGUGUGUGACUUGUACGAAAAUGCAAAUUAAUGCACCCCUCCUUUGUCUCCUUUCCCACAUUUAGGUCCGAAUUCUUUAUGCUUGUGGCUUCAGUGUUCUUUUAACUAGCUUUACUCACACUGCAGUUGACAAUAUCCUUCUGAAGCUGGCAAAGUUCAAAGUAGGCUUUCUGCGACUGGGUAGAGUUCAGAAGGUUCAUCCGGCCAUUCAGAAGUUCACAGAGGAAGAGAUCUGCAGAUCCAAAUGCAUUAAGACUGUAGCUGACUUGGAGGAGCUGUAUCGUAGUCAGGUAAGGAAAAUGACUUUCAGGGUUUUAGAAUCUCUGAGAUGUAUUUCAAAAAGGACUACCGGGAAAAUGAACAUCUAGCUGGAGGUGUCUGCCUGUCUGUAGUGCAUAUAGUGCUUUAUUUUCACGGCACUUAACGCUUUGGUUAUGAUGCCUCUGCAGAUUUUAAUCAAGGUACAAAUAAAAUGUUUGUCCAUACCAAUUUUACUUACAUUGAAAAAGGUAAAUAUAUUCAAGCUGUGUUGCAUCUUUUGAAUUUUGUAUUUAAUAUGUAAAUAUUCAUAAUAUAGGCUUUGUAACUGGGAGACCCAUACCACUAGAGGGGGCUGGUUGUGUUGUACAAAGGCAAAAUACACUUUCAGCCUUGGAUUGUUCUUUAUGGAAUAGUGCAUGGGUAGGCAAACUAAGGCCCAGGGUCCGGAUCCGGCCCAAUCGCCUUCUAAAUCCGGCCCAUGGACGGUCCGGGAAUCAGCAUGUUUUUACAUGAGUGGAAUGUGUGCUUUUAUUUAAAAUGCAUCUCUGAUUUAUUUGUGGGGCAUAGGAAUUCGUUCAUUUCCCCCACCCCCAAAUAUAGUUCGGCCCCCCACAAGGUCUAAGGGACAGUGGACUGGCCCCCUGCUGAAAAGGUUUGCUGACCCCUGGAAUACUGUGUCCCAGUGAAGAUGUUGGCCUUCCCUGUGAGAGACAUUCUUUAAUCUGAAAAGCAAAUCUCAGCCAUCAGAUUUCAUCAUAAAUAAUUUACAGACACAUUAUCCCCGCAUUUGCAAACCGCUAUUUUGACUUACUAUUUAAAUCACAAUAAGGACGUGGCAGUGGUGCACGGGUGCUCAGCAAGACUUGACCUUUCUGAGUUGCUUGUGAUCAACUUGCACUCCCACUUCUAAUUUUACUCCUCAAAGGUCUAUACCAUGAUCAACCACCCCAAAUGCUCAGGUUAAACAACCAUAAAAGCAAGAACUGCUUUUUAACAGCACAUGUAUAGAGUGCAUUUAAUGAUCUAUAGAGUCAGCAAUGUUGCAUUGUUUAGACAUAACUGUUCUAAACUGAAAACAUUUGUACAUUUUUUUCAUACAAAAGUUACAGUUAGAAAACACAAGGUUUAUAACGACAUAUUGAAAACAAGUUGCAGGAGGCGGUUGCGGACAUUCUCUGGCAGCCCCUAAGUGGUAGAACUCCCCAUAGAGGUGUGUCUGGCAUUUUCAUUAUACAGCUUUUGGCAAAUGCUGAAGACAUGCCUCUUCACCCUGUCUUUAGACACUUGAAGUGUAUUUUUUAGGGUCUACCUUACUUUGUGACUGCAAAUUGUUUUAAACUGCUUUUAACAUUUUGAAUCACAGCGUUGGAAGGGACCAUAAGGAUCGUCUAGUCCACCCCUCUACAAUGCAGGAAUCUUUUGUUGUAACUGGCCAUGAGACCUUAGGGUGAGGGGCAGAUGAUGAUGAUGAUGAUGAUGAUGAUGAUAGUUUUUACUCUCUUUCUAGCCUGUGGUUGCCACAACAUGCAUGGGAAUAAAGCAUCCAAUUUUCACUCGUAAACAAUUUGACUUCUGCAUAGUGGAUGAGGCUUCUCAAAUAAGCCAGCCGAUCUGCCUGGGUCCACUCUUCUAUUCAGUUCGGUUUGUGCUAGUGGGGGACCAUCAGCAGCUACCUCCACUUGUGCAAAAUGCAGAAGCAAGGUAAGAGGACAUCCUGCUUACAAAAUAAGUCAUGUAUUAUCAAUAAAACUUUGUGUUAGCCAUGGACUGACUUUUUUUUUUUAACAGAGAUCUUGGCAUGGGCGAAAGUUUAUUCAAAAGACUGGAACGAAAUAAGAAUGCCGUUGUUCAGCUGACCGUACAGUACCGAAUGAACAGGUAGGUAGUUCAAGUAGCUAUUGUUUAGUCGCCACAUAUUAUAAGUGUCCAAAUUUGACAUUGCUUUGUUUUUUGAAACCUUUUAGUAAAAUUAUGUCACUGAGCAACAACCUGGUAUAUAAUGGCAAACUGGAAUGCGGCUCUGAGAAGGUGUCCAAAGCCAUAGUUGACUUGCCAAAUUUAAAAGACUUGAAAUUGGACCAGAAGUUUUCUUCAGAAACUUGGCUAAAGGAAACACUUGAUCCAAACAACCCUGUUUGUUUCCUUAACACAGAAAAGGUAAAUUUUACUUGUUUGCCCUAAUAAACAGUUAUUUCUAUGUUCACCCUAUUCAUUAGGAAAUUGAAGGUGAAAUUGUGGUAGUCCUCUGCUUAUGGAAUGCUUUGCCCAGGGAGGUUCGUCUUUGUAAUCUUUCCAGGGCCAGGCAAAGACAUAUUUAUUCUGCCUGUAUUUGGACAACACUAGAAGUUCUGGCUUUAAUGACUAUUUUCUAGUAUUAGUUCUUCUGUUGGCUGUUUUUGUUUCUAAACCCUUGUAGUAUAUCAGUAUUGUUUUAAUGAAUAUUUGUUCUAUACAUUGUAUGUUUGUGUAUUAUUAUUUUUUUGUAAGUUGCUUCAAGUCUUCUUUUGGUUGUGUGACAUGAUGAGUAAAUUUGAUGAAUUAGUAUACUAACUAACUUCCAGUAUGGCUCCUUCCUCUUAAUUGUGUGGGCUUUGUCCCCUUUAGCAUAACCACCUACAUGGAGAUUUUUUAAUAUAAGGAAAUCCAGUACAUCUUUUUUUAAAAGCUAGCAAGCAAAAUUGAACUUUCAUUUUUACAGAUUAAAAUGUGUAGGAUAUUUCCUUGGUAUAGGUUCCAGCGCCAGAACUUACAGAAAAAGGUGGUGUAAGUAACAUGACGGAAGCCAGACUGGUUCUCUUCCUGACAUCCAUGUUUAUCAAGGUAUGUGAAGGAUUUUUGAAAUGGUGUGGUCAGUUCUGAAAACUGACAUGCUUUGGCCAUUAAACUCAUGAUUCUGGAUGUAUACUGAGUCACUGUUCAGAGAUAUGCUUGUUUGAGUAAACUGCUUCUAUGGUAUCCACUAGGGACACAUUAUUUAAAAAGCUAAAAUAAUGGUUCUCCAGUAUUUCUUUCCUCUUCACUAUAUAGCACCUAGCUGUUGGAGCACAUAUAAGCAAUUACAAUCUGCAUUUAAACAACAACAACAACCCCACACUAUUUAUAUGGGCACUUGUUGACCUGGUUUCCACAUAACUUUAAACCAUAGUUUAAAUGAACCAGUUUCAAUUCACUUUGUAACUUCAUAUUUAAUAUUGCAUUUUUGUUUCUUAUUUGUUCGACUUCAAGUUAAUGCCUAAUUAUUUUGUGUUUAUUAUACUCCAUUUUCCACGAAUGUUUCUUGAUAGCAUAUACCCCAAAAUAACUCUUUUGCUAGAUUUAAUCAUUGAAUGUCUGGGAUUUAUUUUUUAGGCUGGUUGCAAGCCCUCAGAUAUUGGGGUCAUAUCUCCAUACAGACAUCAGUUAAAGAUAAUCACAGACUUGAUGACAAGUUCAUUUAUCAAGAAUGUAGAAGUAAAUACUGUGGACAAGUACCAAGGAAGAGACAAAAGUAUCAUCAUAGUGUCCUUUGUAAGGAAUAAUGCCGAUGGAAAUGUGAGUAGGCUGUAUUUUAGAAUCACUGAGCAGUUCAUAAUCUGGAAAGUUAAGAUUUGUCCAUCUGAAAAUGGCUUAUUUAGUUGUGCUUGGAAAACACAGAAAUAAGUGGUAAGAAAAAACUGGCUGUACAAAUUUAUUCCAAAAUGAUAAGAAGGGCAACUAUUUUAGCUAAAUAAUUGCACACUUUCAUGGGUCUAUUAUGAAAUUUGGAGUUUUGUCCUUUCUCUUUUCAAAAGAAAUCUAGUCCACAUCCCCUUGUGAGUGUGCACAACCCCUGUUAUGGAGGAUUGUAUCUAGUAGCUGCACAUGCUUGCCAGCCACACUUUCAGCCAGGAAGCGAAGCAACCCUAUGUACAUACAGUGCCUCCAGGUGAGGGGAGGAAUUCUGAUUGUCCCAAGGUCCUCCUGUUGCAGGGAGGUACUCUGUGCACAUAGUUCUUCACACACUGGUGGAAUGCAUGGUUGGCGAGAGGCAUGGCCGCAAGGCGAGACCCAGCUCCCUUCUCAGUGCAUGAAAAAUGUUUGGAUGGAUACCCCAAAGAUCAGAAAUACCCUGCUUUUCUUUUUGUUGGUGGAUUGUGCAAUGAAGAAAGCAGAUUGCUACCUUCUUCUGAUGGUGUUCUGUUCUGCUUAGUUUUAUAUUUGAAAUAUAAAACCUGGCAAGCUCAGUCAGCUGCAAAAUCUUAAGGCUAGGUCAACUGCUCUUUUCUUCUGAUAGCUUGGAGAACUUCUGAAGGACUGGAGACGUCUCAACGUUGCUAUUACAAGAGCAAAACACAAAUUAAUCAUGCUGGGUUGUGUGCCAUCCCUGUGUCACUAUCCUCCUCUGAAGAAGUUGCUUUGUCAUUUGGAUACUGAAGUAAUGAUAUCCUUUUUUUGGUAG